AUGUCCCAAAUUCCCAUCGGUAAUAGAGCCCUACGGGGUGAAGAGACCAACCGCGGAACUCUUCGAGACGACUACAUAUUGCCGGGUGAGGAUGAUUUUCUACCUUGGGGGCUCGGAGGGCGAACAUCUGCCAUGGGCGACGACGCGGAUUAUUUCCAUUUAUCCACCGCCAGGCCCAUGAAGAGAGGAAGGACCCGCGCUCCCGACACCACCGUGGAUACAGCAAUUCCUGUUGACAAUUAUCUCCCCUUAGACCCUGCCCUUCAUCCCACUCUCCCCCAAUUCAACGGAGGACGCGAUUCGUCGGUUUCUGUGCCGAAACCCGAUGACAGGUUGCUGGCGGGAAUCUUGGAGAUAUUUCCAGAUAUCAGCCAUAAAUACGUGUUUGAAUUCCUGGCAACGCGUCAAGCCUCGGCCUCGAACGACGGAGCCAACGUGGUGGACACUUCUGAUCGGGUAAAGGAGGAGCUCAUCGAGUAUAUCCUGGCGAAGAAUUUCUAUCCUAAACAGGACAAACCCAAAAGAAAGCUAGAACAGACAGAUGAUGGCGUUGAAAAGUGGAGGCAGGCUGCUGUAGGUGCUGAUAAUCCUUUAUACUUCCAUCAAGCCUGCGAUGUUCUAGGCCAGGAGUUUCUGCGCGUUCCCGUCACUCAUAUUCGCCAAGUUAUGUCGGAGAAGAAAGGUCUCUACACUGCUUAUCUUACCAUAUAUCUUCAAGAAAUGUUUCCAGGCGACUCCAACAUCCCGUAUGCCAGAUUGAAGAAACCGAGAACUCUUGAUCAAGGAAAAUACCAUAACUUCCGGGGUCUGGCGGAGCUCGGAGCUGCAAAGCAACAAGCGCAAAAGAAAAAACUCACAAUACAACAGCGAGUGGAAGAAGAGGAGCUGGAAAGGCGGAACGAGGAAGAAUCUGCUCAGGCUGGUACUCUAGUAGAGUGUCAGUGUUGUUACAUUGACACCCCGUUGAACAGAACCACGCCUUGUGAAGGAGAGACUGCUCAUUUCUUCUGCUUUACCUGCAUACGUAAAUCGGCCGAGACUCAAAUUGGACUCAUGAAGUGGCGCCUGCAGUGUUUCGACAUUAGCGGCUGUCAAGAGAACUUUGAUCGUUCGCGGUUGAAGCAAACGUUGGGACCGUCCUUGAUGGAGAAGCUCGAUUCUUUGCAACAAGAGGACGAGAUCCAACAAGCCGGCCUGGAAGGACUCGAAUGUUGUCCGUUUUGCGAUUUCAAAGCCAUCUGCGGCCCGGUGGCAGAAGAUCGGGAAUUCCACUGCCAGAACCCUUCCUGUGAGAAAGUCAGCUGUCGUCUAUGCAACGACGAGAGUCAUAUCCCGAAAACCUGUCUAGAGGCCAAAAAGGAUAAAGGCCUCCCGGAGCGUCAUGCGGUUGAGGAAGCUAUGAGCGAAGCCCUCAUUCGAAAUUGCCCCAGGUGCAAGGUCAAGAUUGUCAAGGAAAACGGUUGCAACAGAAUGCAAUGUUCCAAGUGCGGCUGUAACAUGUGCUAUGUUUGCAGAAAGGACAUCACACAAGAGUACUAUGGCCAUUUCGGGAGGGCCCCUUCAUACUGCAAGACGCACGAUGGUCAUGAAAACCGCCAUCGGGACGAUGUAGAGCGGGCUCAAAGAGCGACCAUUUCCGAGGUACUCUCCCGGAAUCCCGACUUGACCGAGAAGGAUCUCCUAAUACACGAAUCUACCCCGGGUAAAAUCUCCAACGCUGCUCCACGACCUAGGUUUGCGGCGCCGCCGGUUAACUUACCUAUCCAGCGCGCACUUCAAGAAGUUCGAGCCGCUCGCAUGGGCGUAGUCCCGCAACCGUUGCGCGCCGGUGAUGCACCAGAGAACUAUCGUGCGCUCAACCGUUUUGGCGACUUUGGCGACCUGCCGCCUGCAUAUGGCGAGUACCCUGAAUUUCUGUUUCCGCAGCAGCAGGUUCCUCGGCACGUUCCUCGCGCUGAUGUAUAUGACCUCACCACAACUGGGUCAGGACGUCUACCCACGCUCCCGCCAGCCCCUCGUUUUCCUCCACUUUGA